UCAAUACCAUCAUCUCUACUAUUAUGGCACUCGUUCUACCCACCUUGACCGCCUUCACCACUUCCCGUCUCACAGCCAUUUUGACGGCCAAGACUCAAGCGGAUUUCACCGCAGCGUUUGAUGCGCUUUUCGCCCGCAAUCUCAAUGUUGUUUACAACGGAAAGCAACUUUCGCGGGAACAGUAUCAGGCGCAGUUGCUCGGUCAGAGCAGUGCUGCUGUUGAAGAGCAAGGCGCGAGCGUCAGUGUUCAAGGACAACUAGAAGUCCCCGGCAACGACGGCCAAAUCUCUGGUAUUGUCGGUCUAUUCUACAGUUCCCUUGUUGACUCGAGGUUCCUCGUCUUUGGAGCUCCCGCGGAGAGCAAAGUGACUUCUUCCUUUAAUGCAACCAUUCAGGCUACAGAGCCUCGACCUCAGUCUAACCCCCGCAUUCGCGGAUAUUUUGACCCCCGUCGCAUAGUGACGGUGAACCAGAUUGCCACCGAACAAGCUCUGCAUGUCACCAUUCCUACCGCUUCCAUCAACUCAACCUCACCUGGCGUCACUACUAAGAAUUUCGCGCUUCCGCAGGGGCCAUUUGGUGCACCCUUUGGUCCCGGACCCGUACGCUUGGGCCCUACAGAGACAAAUGCUGUCCCAGAGACGUCCCCAGGGGACGGGGAGUUUGGUGCUCUUCCACCUUUGAUCCCCGGGGAAACUAUCGGUAAAGAGACAAAUACCAAGGCAUGAGUAUCUCAAAUCAUAUCUCAUACUGUACGAAUAUCCAUGACAGGGACAUAUGUUGACCUAUGUAUCGCUACUUGUACAUUACAGUAACAGUUCGAAUAAUCUUUCUGAAGGCAAAAAUGAUAUCAUAUAAACUUCGGAGCAUA